AUGGCCACCCCGAUCGUAAUGGAAAGAUCAGCUAUUUACUUUCAAUGUGGUUCUGUUUUUCUACUGGGAGCAGCUGGUGGCUUGCUUCCUCGAUGGCUAACAUUCGCUUCUGCAAUUAUCAAGUGCGAUCUGUGCCACUCAAGGAAGGUGAAAUGUGACCGGCUGGACCCUUGUAUGAACUGCGUGGACGCCCGCGCGGAGUGUCGGCGAACCCGGCCCAGACGCAGUAUGCGUCCCAGGGUUUCCCGAAUUGCCGGACUGUCGGAGAGGCUAUCGACUCUUGAGCAUGUUGUUUCCUACCCUCCAAGUGCUGCAGCGACCUCUUCACAGAGCCACGGUCCAUCUCAGGCUGGGGAAUCAAACAGUACCAGAAUUGAUCAGCCCAUAUCGUCUCAUGUCCCGGAAUCUGUUAUUCGGCGGGAUUCGAAUUCUGCUAAAGGGAAUACCCCUUCUCAGAGAGUCUCCGAGUCUCCAGUUGUGAACGAGGACACGCCCCUUCAGCAAGUCACCGAAGCACGACGAUUAAUCCAACAGGAACUGCAGCAUAGGAAUCACCUAUCUCUCCAGAGACGGACAGUUCUGGAGAACGCUCUAUCGCUGGUCAAUAAGAUAUCCGCAUCUUCCACAGAGCCUAAGCUUGUCAGUGGGAACCAGAGAAGGGCAGAUGAUCAUGACACACCUGUAUGCGAAGAAUUUCCAUUGGAAGUCUACCUUAUGAUGUCUAAGGAUAUAUCACAUCAGCACUCCGCUCAGAGACACUUCUAUUGGCCCGACCACAUAUCGAUCAAAUGUCUAGAGCAUAUGAGCCUCUCGCUUGCAGAGGGCAACCUAGAUCGGCAGACAUCUCUGCAUUAUCGGGUAUGCGUCUACACUAAAGCUCUGUUCUUUCUCGCCCGUGUGCCGCAGCAACGCUUGGGCGGGCGGCUCCGCACACACGUCAGAAAGACCCAAGAGAAAUAUGCGUCGGCGGCUUUGCAGGCAUUGGAUCAGAUAAAUUUCGUUGGUACACACUCUAUCACUCUGGUACAGGCCUUGCUAUCCGGUGCGCUCCUGCACCAAAUGCGGGGAUAUCCAACUCGAGGCUGGAUGCUCACGGCAUUCGCUUCGCAGAUCCUUGUUGCCAUGAACUAUCAUACAAUCAGAGACGGUACCCCAGUCCGUUGUCAGGAGGAUCAAGAUGCUCGUUUCUGUCUUUUUUCUUGCUUCUACCUUGACAAGAUGCUGGGCAUGCUUCUCCUUCGUCCUCCUUCAUUGCCAAGGCUGAAAAUAAACCCAGUAUCACUAAUCCCAAUGGAGGAUGGUACUCCUCUAAGUAUGAUUGUUAAGACGAUGAUUGAGUUUGCCCAGAUCCAAGAGGCUGUAAUGGAGGUAGUUCACGGAAAACAUGGCCUCAGUGAUGCCAGCGACCCGGACAUAACCCUGUGCACAAUCAUACAAAAGCUCAUUUCGUUGCGAAGUGUGAUUGACGAGCGAUGCCGCAAUUCGAGUCCUGCUUUACAGGUGGAAUGGAUUGCCACUGAGUUCCGAUAUCACGCUAUCUUAACAACGCUGCUGCAUCUUAGCCCUAAGGUGCAAGCCGAGCCUCCAGCUCGCGAAGAGUGUCUAUCACAAGCGCGCCACGCCCUGAAAGCUCUCGACCGUUUACAAAAAGUUCUCAACGAGGACGAUGGCUUCGUUGGUACCUAUUCGAUGUUUCUAUCAUGGACGGUCCUCUUCUAUCCCACGACUCCCUUUUACAUUUUAUUCUGCAAUGUAGUCGGUACAUCUAAUACGGAAGACUACCAAUUGAUGCAGGGAACGACUCAAGGGCUGCAUCGAUUCGUUGACACCAAUCCAUCCUUUUCCAAAUUAUACCACUUAUUCACCGCGUUCCUCAACUUAUGCAGUCCGCUUAUGGAAGGAGUGGACAGCAUUAACACGGUGGUUACGCCACCAGACACGACCAACAUGUCUACGAUUUUAUCAAAUGCUGCACCAGAAGGGGUAAUGCCCCCGGUGAAUGCUAAUAAUUACGUAUAUGAUGACGCAGUUCGCCUCGGGAUCGUCGAUAAUGGGAGUAUAGAUCCCACUGUGAUUUCGUCGUGGAACAACACGCAGAUGUGGGAGUUAUUUGGCGUGCAGUCUUCGCUGGAGUGGGUAGAUUCUGAGGUUUCUCACGCCAUGCCGGAGUAUCAAUAG